UACGUUGACCACUUUUGCCCAUGCACUGCAGUACUUUCCUCGGCAACGUUGUAAGACCUUGCCAGACACCCGAGCAGAUGAUUACACCAGCCUUGCACAUGGUCGCACUUGCCAUGGGAGAGGUGGGGUGCGUUCGGGGAAGGAAAUGUCAAUAUCCCGGUGUAACCAUCGAUCACCGCGCAUGCCAUUGAGCUGCGACUCUUCAGACUUUGUAGCAUCUCAACCUUUGGCAGCACCGCUGAUCGUACGACCAUUACUGCAGUCCAGCCUACCAGACCCAGCCAGCCGCGCUGUUCUCCUUAUGAAUUAUCAAAUGGACUGUGGCAAGAUGCAAGCAAUCCUUCACCUCACACGUUAUUCCCGUUCUGUCAAGUCAAAGUCGCACAGUGCCACAGCCGCCGCUCCCCUACGUUGCUCGAACCACAGUUGCUACCCUGGUCACAUCCACAUCUCACAUCCAAAACACUCGCUACCACUCAUUGCCCUGAGAAAAAUUAUUGACAAGCCCUCAGGAACAUGGUCUUUUGCAACAGGUGCCAGUACCAUCUCGGAUAGAAAACGAUCGGAUCAGACGUGCAGCCGCGGUGAGAUGCAUACGAGACGAACAUGGUCUGAACGGUAUGACGUAAAAGGUCAAUUCCAGACUCACGAUGUCCAGUCUCGCUUGGCUUGUGCCAUGCGCACCGAGCUCCCCGCAGGACGGCGGCACGCUUGAGCUGUAUGGAAUGUUGACGAGCUAUGAGUAUAACCACCGUGAUCGAGUUCGUCUCUCACAGGUUUGCAUGAGGCUGCCUGCCAAUAAUAGCGCUCGCGUCUGCUAACUGUGCGAAGUAACCUUGCAACGCGCGACCUUUGCUUCUCUCCUUAGAC